GGGUUUAAGCUUUCUUCUCCAUUGUCGUUCAGAGAGAGAGAGAGAGGAAUCAUGGCCGACAACAAAAGUAGUGUGAAGUACGAAGAAACUGUCCGACCGGAAGACGAAGAACUAGUAGAACAAGAAACCGACGAAGAAGAAGAAGAAGAUGAAGAAGAGUGGGAUGACUGGAAUGAAGAAGAAGAAGGAGGAAAUGAUUCGUCUUCUAUAAUAAAGUGCUUGUUCUGUGAUUACGCAUUCGAUCACAGCCGUUCUCUGUUCGAUCACUGCAUUUCCAUUCACCAUUUUGAUUUUCCGACCAUCAGACGAUCCCUCUCUUUGGAUUUCUACUCCUCCUUCAACCUCUUCAAUUACAUCCGCUCUCUGGUCGCAGAAAACAGAUGUUGGAGUUGUGGGCUGACCUGUCAGUCCAACCUAGAUCUUCAGUCUCAUUUGCAUGAACCGCUAAGUCUUGAAGAAAUCAAACCUCGUUGGAACAUCGAAGCGUAUCUAAAACCUUUUUUACAGGAUGAUCCGCUCUUGUACAGUUUCACUGAAGAUGAUGAUGAAGAUAUUGCUGAGAAAGACGAUGAUGAUGAUAACGACAAUGAGCUUACAACUAUUGUGAGGAAUUGUGAAGAGAUUCGCAUUGAUCAUGAGAUUUACAGCGAAACGGAAAAUGUUGCUUCUGCUUCGGAUAAUCAUUACGAAAUGAUAAGUUCUUCUGCGGAGAGUGGCAUUGAUUGUCCAGGCGACAAAAAGUCAAGGGCUUAUUUUCGGAGGCAUGUAGCAAAGGACGUGAAGAAUGCAAAUGAAGAUUACUUUGGGUCAUAUAGUUCAUUUGGCAUCCAUAAAGAGAUGCUUAGUGAUAAGGUAAGAAUGGACGCAUACAGGCAAGCUAUUUUGGACAAUCCGUCUCUCAUAAGUGGUGCAGUUGUGAUGGAUGUGGGUUGUGGAACUGGCAUACUCAGUCUCUUUGCUGCCCAAGCUGGUGCAUCAAGGGUAAUUGCAGUUGAAGCAAGUGAGAAGAUGGCUGCAGUAGCUACCGAGAUAGCAAGAGAAAAUGGCCUUUUGCGGGGUAAAAGUUCAAGCGAUGGCACUAGCAAAUGCAUUGGAUUGGUAGAAGUUGUUCAAUGUAUGGUUGAGGAGGUUGAUAAAAAAAUACGUAUUGAACCUCAUACUGUUGAUGUAUUAUUAAGUGAAUGGAUGGGAUAUUGCCUACUAUACGAGUCAAUGCUUAGUUCUGUGCUCUUCGCACGGGAUCGGUGGUUGAGACCUGGAGGUGCGAUGCUUCCUGACACGGCAACUAUUUUUGCUGCUGGAUUUGGAAAAGGUGGCACGAGUCUUCCGUUUUGGGAAAAUGUGUAUGGUUUCAACAUGUCCUGCAUUGGCAAGGAACUUGUUGGAGAUGCAGCUCGAAUUCCUAUAGUCGAUACCGUAGAAGGUCAUGAUUUAGUAACGAAUGCUGCUGUUUUGAAGACGUUUGACUUGGUGACGAUGAGACCAGAAGAAGUAGAUUUUACUGCAAGCAUUGUGUUAGAACCUAGCUUGAGCAAUGCAGAAAGCAGCUUGUUAGAUUUGGAAUCCAAGACAAGCUGGUGUUAUGGGGUUGUCUUGUGGUUUGAGACUGGUUUUACUGGCAGGUUUUGCAAAGAAAUGCCGGCAGUUUUAUCCACUUCUCCUCACACCCCAAAGACACAUUGGUCUCAAACAAUCUUAACAUUCCGGGAACCAAUUGCCAUUGCUGCAGGAAAAUCAGAUGUUCACAGAUCGGCAGCAAUCGGUACUGAUGGCUGUCCCGCUACUAAUAUCAGUCUGCGCAUUAGCAUUGUCCGUGCGUCUCAACAUCGCAGCAUUGACAUUUCUAUGGAAACUUCUGGUGUUGGCCCCGAUGGUCGAAAACGAAGUUGGCCAGUGCAGUUGUUUAAUUUAUAAUAGCUACCAAGUUUUAAACCAAGCUUGUGCUUUUUCGUGUCUGCUUUAGUUAUUUCAUUGUCUUCUUGGUAUUCUUUUCUAUUAAGGUUCUUGAUGGAAAAUGAUUCAAUAUUUUGUCGUGAAAAUUGAUUAAAAUAUUUUUACAAUGUCUCGUGUGGAAGAAAAUUCGGACUAAGGUACAUUUGUGUCAUGAAAGCCCUCCUCGUUGAAUCUUUGACAGCCGCCAGUGGGAGAAUGAGUUGACCUACUGACGAAUAUCGUGGGUUACCUGUCCGAAGGUUUGGAUUGAGAUUCCAAGUCUAAAAACAUUUGUUCCUCUGGCUCUGGGUAAGUUGUUCAGCGGUCGUAGCGAAGAAUACCAAAAGUUAUACAAGUUGGAAUGCUUAGCGACGCACUGAACGACAUCAAUGACAAGUAGAAGACUAUCUUCUAUUGUAGUUUGUAUUUCCUCUUCUUAUUUAUUAUUAUUAUUAUUCUUAUUUAUUU